AUGAAUCUACCCGAUUCAGAAGGGAAGAACUUGCAUCAGUAUCUCAAAUUCAAUUCAAACAUGGAGGGCCCUGUGGAGAUAUGGUAUGCUACAAGUGAAUAUUUGCGACAAGAAAUGAAUCCCAAUUUUAGUAUGACUGACCCCUUUAAUCCAGUCCAUAUAAUGUCUUUUUCGGGAGCUAGGGGAAAUGCAUCUCAAGUGCACCAAUUAGUAGGUAUGAGAGGAUUAAUGUCGGAUCCCCAGGGUCAAAUGAUUGAUUUACCCAUUCAAAGCAAUUUACGUGAAGGACUUUCUUUAACAGAAUAUAUUAUUUCUUGUUAUGGAGCCCGCAAGGGGGUUGUGGAUACUGCUGUACGAACAUCAGAUGCUGGAUAUCUUACACGGAGACUUGUUGAAGUGGUUCAACACAUUGUUGUACGCCGAACAGAUUGCGGUACCGUUCGAGGGAUUUCUGUAAAUACUCGGAAUAGAAUGAUGUCAGAAAGAAUUUUGAUACAAACAUUAAUUGGUCGUGUAUUAGCAGACGAUAUAUAUAUAGGGUCGCGAUGCAUUGUCGUUAGAAAUCAAGAUAUUGGAAUUGGACUUAUCAAUCGAUUCAUAAACUUUCAAACACAACCAAUAUUUAUCCGAACCCCCUUUACCUGUAGGAAUACGUCUUGGAUCUGUCGAUUAUGUUACGGGCGGAGUCCUAUUCAUGGAGACCUGGUCGAAUUGGGAGAAGCUGUAGGUAUUAUAGCCGGCCAAUCUAUUGGAGAACCUGGUACUCAAUUAACAUUAAGAACUUUUCAUACUGGCGAAGUCUUCACGGGUGGUACCGCCGAAUAUGUGCGAUCCCCCUCGAAUGGUAAAAUAAAAUUCAAUGAGAAUUCGGCUUACCCUACACGUACACGUCAUGGACAUCCUGCCUUUUUAUGUUAUAUAGACUUAUAUGUAACUAUUGAAAGUAACGAUAUUAUGCAUAACGUAAUUAUUCCACCCAAAAGUUUUUUAUUAGUUCAAAAUGAUCAAUAUGUAAAAUCUGAACAAAUAAUUGCCGAGAUCCGUGCAGGAACAUAUACUUUAAAUUUGAAGAAAAGGUUCGAAAACAUAUUUUUUCUGAUUCGGAAGGAGAAAUGCAUUGGAGUACAAAUAUAUAUCACGUUUCUGAGUUUGCAUAUAGUAAUGUACAUAUCUUACCAAAAACAAGCCAUUUGUGGAUAUUAUCGGGAAAUUCACACAAGUCUGAUACAGUUUCUUUGUCACUUCUUAAGGAUCAAGAUCAAAUGAGCACUCAUUCCCUUCCUACUGCAAAAAGAAAUACUUCGAACUUUAGUAAGUAAUAAUCAAGUACGACUAUGUCCGGAUCAUUGUCAUUUUAUGCAUCCUACUAUUUCCCCCGAUACUUCGAAUUUAUUAGCAAAAAAGCGAAGAAAUAGAUUCAUUAUUCCAUUUCUAUUCCGAUCAAUUCGAGAACGAAACAACGAGCUAAUGCCCGAUAUCUCGGUUGAAAUACCUAUCGAUGGUAUUAUUCAUAAAAAUAGAAUAAGAUUGGCUAACCCUUAUUUGGCAACCCCGGGAGCAACUAUUCAUGGACAUUAUGGAGAAAUGCUUUAUGAAGGAGAUAUAUUAGUUACAUUUAUAUAUGAAAAAUCGAGAUCUGGUGAUAUAACACAAGGUCUUCCAAAAGUAGAACAGAUAGGGGAGAAAUUGGAUAUUGAGGUCCCACAAACGGUACUUCCCGAUACUGUAUUUGAAGCAGUUGUUCGAAUUCCUUAUGAUAUGCAAGUAAAACAAGUUCUUGCUAAUGGUAAAAGGGGCACUUUAAAUGAAAAGCAAGACGCGUAG